UUCAGUAAAUAUCUAUCAUUUAAGUUUUCCAACUUCAAAAUGGAUGCAAGAUUAUCGUCCGUACAAAUCCAACCACCAAAAUAUGGAAACCUUAUCACUGUUCUCAGCAUCGAUGGAGGGGGAAUUAGAGGAAUCAUUCCUGGUGUUAUUCUCGCUGCACUUGAAUCUGAACUUCAGAAACUGGAUGGUGAGGAUGUUAGGCUUGCGGAUUACUUCGACGUCAUGGCAGGAACAAGCACCGGUGGUCUUAUAACAGCCAUGUUAGCUGCCCCAGAUGAAAGUGGUCGUCCUCUUUUUGCUGCUAAAGAUAUAGUGCCUUUUUACGUUAAAAAUGGCCCUCAAAUUUUCCCACAGCCGAGAUGCAGUGGGAUCCUGGCAUGGGCUUCGACGAUAACGAAAGCACUAACGGGACCCAGAUACGAUGGGAAGUAUCUUUACAAGCUGAUUAGAGACUUAUUAGGGAACACUAAAUUGCAUCAAACCUUGACCAGUAUUGCCAUUCCUACUUUCGACAUCAAGAAACUUCAGCCUACUAUCUUCUCCACCUAUCAGAUUCCUCAAAGACCAGAGAUUGACGCCCUGUUAUCAGACAUCUGCAUAUCCACGUCUGCAGCGCCAACCUAUUUCCCAUCUUAUUAUUUCAAGAACAACGAUGAAGAAUUCAACCUUAUCGACGGCGGCAUCGCAGCCAACAAUCCCACAUUGGUUGCCAUACGAGAAGUGACGAAAGAGUUAAUGAAAGAGAACCCAGAUUUUGCAGCGAUGGACCCCUUGGAUUAUGGACGCUAUCUUGUGAUCUCGCUAGGAGCAGGAUCCAACAGGCACGAAAAGAAAUACGAUGCCAAAACGGCGUCCAAAUGGGGUCUGAUAAGCUGGUUAUUUGAAAAUAAUGCUAGUCCCAUACUGGAUUUUUAUGGCGAAGCUAGCAAGGAUAUGAUUGACUACCAUAACUCUGUUAUUUUCCGGGCCCUUCAUUCUGAGGACAUGUAUCUUCGUAUCGAUGAUGACACGCUAACUGGGGAUAUGGCCUCCGUCGAUAUAUCUACAAAGGAGAAUCUGGACAGCCUUGUCGAUAAAGGACACAAGUUGCUCACUAAAACUGUUUCACGCAUCAAUCUCGACACCGGCUUUUACGAACCAGUAGAAAAUGGCGGCUCCAAUGCAGAAGCACUGCAAAGGUUCGCAAAACUACUGUCGGAUGAAAACAAACUGAGGUGCUCCAAUUGCAAAUCACCGUAGGCCAACUAUUAUCUUACGAUAUGUUUCAUUAUCAUUUAAUUUAUGAUUCAAUUAAAGUUUAAUUGUUUCUGCUGAUGUAUUUAAAAUUAACAUACAAUAAAUAAUAAAAUGUACAGUUUGAAACAAUUAAUAAUAAUAAGUGAAAAAUGUAUAUAUAUAUAUAUAUAUAUAUAUUAAA